GUGUCGGUUUGUUUACAGCGGUCGCAGCAGACAUGGCUGUGGACAUCACUCUGCUCUUCAAAGCCAGCGUGAAGACGGUCAAGACGAGGAACAAAGCGAUAGGAAUAGGCUUUGACUCGCCGAAAGAUGACAUUUUCAAGAGGAGCAGACCAAAGAGUGGCUUCUCCCCGAAGGCGAGAGAAGUGAUCACAAACAUCACCAAGCUCAAAGACUUUCUACUACAACACAGGAAAGAUUAUGUGAGCGCCGGAAGUCUCAUCUCGUCAGAUCUUACCCGUAUGACGGACAAUGAACGAGACCAGAUUGACCAGGACGCUCAGAUCUUCAUGAGGACUUGUUCUGAGGCCAUCAAGCAGCUACGCAAUGAAGCGGAGAAGCAGGUGACAUCAGCCCAGAUAAAGGAGCAUAGAGGAGCCGUGCUGGACCUCAUUGAAAUGUAUCUGAGAGGAGUAUGCAAGCUGUACUCUGAGCAGAGAGCCAUCCGGGUCAAGAGAAUGGUGGACAAGAAGAGGCUGUCCAGACUGGCCCCAGAGCACCACAGUAAGGUUGAGAGAGCGCCAGAAGUGGAGCCCACGGAGGAGAAGACUGUCAAGGAGGAAAGUACUGAAAAGAGUGUAUCAGAGGUCCUGGACAACCCUGUCAACCUGUGGGAGGAGGGCCGAGCGGAGGAUGAGCUCUCUCCGGAGGAGAUCCAGAUGUUUGAGCAGGAGAACCAGAGGUUGGUGAGUGAGAUGAACAGCCUGGUGGAUGAAGUGAGGCAAAUCGAGGGAAAGGUGGUGGAGAUCUCUCGACUGCAGGAGAUCUUUGCUGAGAAAGUCCUGCACCAAGAAACGGAGAUAGACAGUAUUCAUCAGCUGGUUGUGGGUGCUACAGAAAAUGUCAAAGAAGGCAAUGAGGAUAUACGAGAGGCAAUCAAAAACAACGCCGGCUUCCGGGUAUGGAUCCUCUUCUUCCUGGUCAUGUGCUCUUUCUCUCUCCUCUUCCUGGACUGGUAUGACAGCUAACACAGCUGGUCAGCAUGGACUCUAUACGACAGGAAACAGUCUAGCUCCGGCACAUUUUGGUUAUCUCGAUAAGAAACGACGACAACACUGAGACUGAAUGUACAGUUUACCACGCUGGACCUGAUGUACAAAGCAACAGCAUGUUCUUCAUGAAGAUUCUGUGUUCAAGUGAAGACGGCAGUUUGUUCUUCCCUAAUGCUAUCUAGUUUCAGUCUUUAAAAGCACUUCUGUGGAGGAGAACUUUGUAUGGAGCACUGUCUGUGUGUCUGUGUGUGUGUGUGUGUGGUUGGACAAUUGGUCUUUGUCCGCCACUAAAAGCAGUGAUAAUGGUUUGAUUGGCUACUACUCUUGUUCUGACUGACUGAAAAAAACCAUUGAUUUCUGUUGAUGCCUUUUGGAACAGACUAAAGGAUACUGUGCAGACUGACAUUACAUUGCCUUGCUGUCUCAUGUACAUUAUUUAUAUACAUUAUAAACUUGUGUCCCUCAGUGACAUAUACAUUAUACUUCACUGUCAAAUGUAAGGAAUGUUUUCCUUUCCAGGCAAUUAUGAGAAGCAGAACAAUUUAUUUGAUGUCUAUCACAGCGUAACUGUACUGACACACCACUCACAUUCUAGUAAAACUAAGUAAUUCUCUUAA